GUCAAUUCAUGCAACUUUUUUGCCACACACGAAAUUGAAACACGAUUUUUCUAUUUUUAACCACAAGAAAAGAUAAUAAACGAAACAUUUAUGCAGUCGGGAGACGGUGAUACGUUGCGCUCAUGCUUCGACUCGCUGAAGAACGCCGUCAUGGGUUGUUGUUACAGUAUCUGCCACAAAGAAAACGAUGCACAGGAGAAUCCAGUUAACGAGCGGACUCACCUGCUAGAGGUGCCGGAGCAGCAGCAGGAGGCCCCGGCGCCCGCUGUCUCCGCGACCACCCCGCCCAAGAAACCAGAUGAGCAGAGCGCACUGAACAGGAUACUGCAUGAGACUGCUACUAACGUAAUAGACGUCGGAGCUCUCGGCCCCUACGCUCUCGAGCCAGCGGUGUACAGCGAGCGAGUGCGCGCCUACACGGCCCGCCUCGCCAACGCGCCGCCGGUGCCCGUGUCGCCGCUGCCGAGGCUGCUGCAGGACGUGUCGACGAGUGAGCGGCAGGUCGUGCUCGCGAAGCCGGGGAUACUGAAUGAGGAUCGGGAUUUGAUAACGAACGCAGUGAAGCGCGCGGCGGCGGCCAUGUCGGAACUGCACGUGGAACACCACGAGGAGCUGGUGGUUCCGUUCCGGGUUCCAUAGCGACGGACCCCGUCCGACCACCUGUAGGCGAGGGUUCCGUAGUCCCGACCAGACUGAGCUGAGUGCGCGAUGAGUUUGCAGUUUGAACCUUUUAGCGGAGGGCUUGCGAAACUAUGGCAGCACUGUUGAUAAUUGCGAGAUGGAAAAGAUAGAUGGCGCCACUAAGUAUAGGCUUUCUGUGUUUGUGAUUGGUUGCUACAGGAGACAUUUUGUAAGACUAAGCUCCGAUUGGCCUAACACGUUUUUCAUAUUUCUGAUUUUCAAAAUGGCAACUGCAGCAACUAAUCUCAGAUGCAAUAAGAAUGAAUGAAACUGCCAUUAGCUUUGCGUUUUGUUCCCCAUAAAGGUAUUUUUGCUUAUUUCUACGCGCAAACUUAUCACAAGCGCAGCUUUUAGCGUGAACGGACAGUUUUUGGACACAGAUUCGAGUAACUACCUCAAUUAAAAGACUAUUCUAUGAACCUAGAGAUGACAUUCAUGGAAGGCAUAGACAAGCGUUGGACAAUGACCCCUAAGGGUGAAAAUUGGUAGCUAGCGACACAAGGUUGCAGUGGGCGACGCGUAGCAAAGUUACUUCUGGUUUCUAGCGACAUCUCUUUCGAUAACAGGUUUAUUUCUAUAAAAUUAAAGUCUCGUAAAGUAGAGACUUUAAGACAUGAAGUCUGAUGCAACCUUUUGUCACCAGCCACCAAUUUUCACCUUUAGUUUCCGACUUGACCUGCUGAUUUUCCGGUGACUAGCUAAGACAGGUGACCAGUUAUGGCUGAAAGAGGAAGGUAGAGGACAAACCCUCAAUAAAAAUCUAAAUUAAUAUAUUCCUCCUAUCUGUGUUCAAUUCAAACCCUUAAUAGGUUUAGUGUUUAAGAUAUUGUGAUCGUUUGUUUUAAAGUUGGCACUUUUAUGACGUCUUAACGGCUGCAAAAAGUGUUGCUUUGAAAUGGAUUUGUAAGAGCUUUCAUAAAAAUAUUAAAUUAGAAUUAUGUUUGUGUUUAUAUAAACUUUAAAUUGGUUCAUUGACAUGACUGAUUCAGCUUUGGACCAAAAAUUGUUAUGAUUUGAUUGGUUUCGCUUCUACAGUGUAAAUAUGUUUCGCCAUAGGUUUUUUAAAAUAAUAAUAUUUUAUUACUAUGUCAUUGAUGAAUAGAGUUAACUAAUUAGUUGAUUAUAAUUACUAUUUCCAUUCAAAUUAGGUACAGUAUAAAAUCAUUUUAAAACAUAGUAACUGCUAUAGGUUUAUCUCGUUCUUUCUCAUUGCAUGGCUAUUCGAAAGAGCGAGUACAAAUAUAAUAGAUAUCUAACUCAGUCAUUAUACCAGUAUUGUUUAUCCCAGUAGCCAUUUUAUGUUAUACUUACUUAUUUUAUUUUUACAUUAGAUACUUAUGUAUAGUUUUGUGUUACAUAAUUUGAAGGCAAAUCAAAUUUCGACUUUUGCACAAUAUUGGACUCUAACAACCAAUCGACAAUAACUACAAUAAAAUUGACAAUAGACACCCUAUAGGGUAAGUAGUUAGCAAAAGAGUACCCACACCCUCAGCGCUUAAUAAAAUGUACUGAUGAAUAGGUAUUACCUUCCAUUGGGGAUAACUUACAUAUAUCUCUUUUGUUGACCGUACUACCUAUGAUAAUUUAUUUGACCGGAGUUAUAUACAGGUGGAAUUUUGUACCUAAUUAGGUAUUUCCUUGGUAUUUCACUUUAGUGUACAGUUGUUAAACAUAGAGUUAUUCCUAAAGUGAAAAGUGCUCUGUCUUAUAUAUUAUUAUAUAUAUACUGAUUUCAUUCGGAUAUACUUGAUACAAUUUCAUCCUGCAUUCGUUUAACUCAAUGAAAUAUGGGAAAUCUUGCCAGAAAAAUGAGGACCUUUAAAAUGGUUAUUGACAAAAAACUUAAAUCAUAAUUGUGAUGCCUUCAAAUUUGCUACAAAUAUUGUGUUACCUAGUUAUGUAACUAUUACCUUAAUAUGAUUAAUUUUGUUUUAAUAAGAGUUUCAAUUUUAACUUUAUCCGGAGUAAAUUUAAAAUUUGACGCUUUUUGGAUUAUAAAUACAGUUUUGAAUGGGUAUUUAUUAUAUAUUUUUACACAUAAUUCAAAAAAUAUGAAAACUUCUCAUUUAUAUCAAUAUAUCUAAUGCGUGUUUUAUGAAUAUUUCAUUGGUAAUUAAUAAAUAUCUUUAAAUUUUUCAAUAUAUUUCAAUGAUUUUACUAUUAUAUCAAUGAUAGGUAUAUUAUGUGCUUAAAAGAUGUUGAGUGAUUGAAUAUUGUCUCGAAAUAUGAAACCCAUCGAUGGUUGUUAAAAUUGUUUAUCUUUAUAAUAGAAUCAUGAACGCCUUACAAAUAAACUUGGCAUAACGUUGGCAUAUAUUCUAAGUUUAGUGGCAUAUUCACACCACAGCUACUCUCAGCUACUCCCAAACAUAACAGAGGGGUAUCGUGAAGUUAAAAUGUAGUAACAUUUACGUACCGUAUAUACAUUUUGAAUCCGAAAAUCUUUGUAAAAACAAGUUCGCGAUAGGAACUCAGUUUUUAUUGGCGAAACGAGUUAUAGAAUUCCAACGUUAUGUAAAGUUUGUUGGUACAAGGAUAAAUGAUUAAAGUUGGGUAGUGAAACUGACUGAUUGUGCGCUAGGUGAUGUAAAUAAAGUGUAUAUCGUCUAAAUAAUAAUAUGUAUGCACGCAGGGUGUUAAAGAUAAAAAUCUGCACAAUUUCUGUUUAGCAAUUGUAAAUAAACCAAUACUCGUAAGUUACUAUUUGAUUUUAAACACUCAUAUAAAAUAAAUAAGCGCUACAGUAUAUCUACCUGCAUUCUUUAACACCCUGUAUGUAUAUAAAUUACCUACUAUAUUCCCUAGAAAACUAUGUCAUAUGAAAAAGUGUAGAUAGUAUUCCUAACAAAUUAUUGUUAUAAUCAUUUGCGAUAUCUAUUUUUAGUUAUGUUGGCUAAUUAUGUUUUUUCUACUUACUAUUAUCCUACCUACUUAAUUGCACAAUAUUAUGUAUUUCCUAAAAUUAAUUAAUUUAGAUUUUUGUAUUGUAGGCUGUGCCUUAUUAAGUUCACUAAUAUUCACUUAGAUUUCUUUUGUUAUGAUGGUGAUUAUUCUAAUAAAUUGUAUAAUUUCA